AAGCUGACUACUUAAGUCCAUCUGGGAGUUUGAAGUUGGAUGGUACUGCUUACAGCCUUAAGAGAUAAGUGGUCAGCGAUCCUUCAUCCCGUGUUUCAGUCAGGGAGGAUCUCUCUGCGCUUCCAGCUUGCUCUUUUACUUCCCUCUCUGGUAGUCUCUCUCUCUCUCUCUCUGUCUUUUUCUUGCCCUGCCUUUCAUUUCUUUCCUCUCUGCCCUUAAUUUCUCUCCCCUCCAACCAUGGCUCCGACCCUGGCCACAGCAUUCGCCAGGCGCUGGUGGAUGGCAGUGACCGCUAUCAUUGAGAAUCUGCUCUUCUCUGCCGUGCUCCUGGGAUGGGGGUCGCUCCUCAUCAUGCUCAAGUCAGAGGGCUUCUACUCUUACCUCUGCAAUGAGGAGGGUAACAGCUCCAGCUACAACCUUUCCCAACCCGUGGCAACGCCGACACCUGAUGAGUAUGCUGACUACUACGAUAGUGAGGGUGCCGUGGUCGGCCUGGGAGACGGAGUGGAGAUGAGGCCCCUCGUCCCCGUUGAUGGGCCCCUGAGGAUGAACGGCUGGCUGAUCUGUAAAGAACAGGAUGAGAUGCUGAACCUGGCGUUCACCGUGGGCUCCUUCUUGCUCUCAGCCAUCACGCUACCACUGGGGAUCGUCAUGGAUAAGUACGGGCCUCGCAAGCUACGACUACUGGGCAGCACAUGCUUCGGAUUAUCCUGUCUGCUCAUUGCUUAUGGAGCCUAUCGACCAAAUGAACUCUCUGUCCUUAUCUUCAUUGCCCUGACUUUCAAUGGCUUCGGGGGCAUGUGCAUGACCUUCACCUCUCUCACACUGCCUAACAUGUUUGGGGACCUUCGCUCCACCUUCAUUGCCCUGAUGAUUGGCUCCUAUGCCUCCUCCGCAGUCACCUUCCCUGGCGUCAAGGUGAUCUAUGACCUUGGCAUACCUUUCAUCACUAUUCUGGUGGUGUGGGCAGCCUGUGCUGGACUGGUCUUCCUGAACUGCUUCUUCAACUGGCCACUGGAACCAUUCCCAGGACCAGAGGACAUGGACUACACUGUGAAGAUCAAGUUCAGCUGGUUGGGCUUCGACCACAAAAUCACAGGGAAGCAGUUCUACCGCCAAGUCACCACCGUGGGCCGUCGUCUGAGCGUGGGCAACAGCCUGAAGCAGAAGGAGCUGGCCACCAAGGACGGCCACAAGCUCUGCCUCUCCACCAUGGACCUGGAAAUGGAGUGCAAACCACAAGAAGAGUCCCAGUCAUUCUUGAAAAGUAUCAUCAGCCCUAUCUUUCUGCUCAGUCUGGUUACCAUGUCUGUCACUCAGCUUCGUCUCCUGUUCUACAUGGGGGCCAUGAACAGCGUCCUGGAGUCUCUCAGUGAUGGAGACCUCAACACAGUGAGUCUAUACUCCUCUAUCUUUGGCGUGCUGCAGCUGCUUUGCCUGAUGACCACUCCUGUGAUUGGUCAGAUCAUGGACUGGAAGCUGAAGGACUGUGAUGAUGGAGAGGGGGAAAAGGAACCCUGCGGCACGGGGGAGACCAAGAAAAAGCGCAGAGACAAAAAGACCCAGAAGGUGACCAAUGCCCUGCGAGCUUUCGUCCUCACAAAUGUCCUUUUGGUAGGAUUUGGGAUCACGAGCCUAGUGCCCAAUCUCCCCCUGCAGAUCGUGUCAUUUGUCUUACACACUGUGGUGAGAGGAUUUAUUCAUUCUGCUGUUGGUGGCCUGUAUGCAGCUGUGUAUCCCUCCUCCCAGUUUGGCAGUCUAACAGGCAUGCAGUCUCUGGUCAGUGCUGUAUUUGCUCUGCUGCAGCAACCCCUGUUUCUGGCUAUGAUGGGACCCCUGAAGGGAGAUCCACUCUGGGUCAAUGUCGGACUCUUUGCUCUCAGCAUGCUGGGCUUCUUGCUGCCCCUCUACCUGAUCUGCUACAGACGGACGCUCCACAGAGAGCAGCAGCAGAAGGAGGACAAUGCUAAGAUCUACAUCAAAAUCAAUGGCAGCGACAUCCCUGAGGCCUUCGUCUAGAGAAGAGUAAAUGAAGAUUUCUCACUGAGAAACACUGGCAAUCCAGCGAUACAUGCACACAUACACAUCUAGGAGGACAACUGAAAUCUCAAAUACCACAUUUAUCCAUUGAUUACACACAUACACAAAAACAGACUGUCUCCUCCAUUUUUCCCACCAAAAUAAACUGAUGCUGCGGUUGUCACGGAAACGGGUCCAUCGGACAUUUGCCGAGGAGAAAAGUGAGACAUGGAGAGGAGAAGAAGAACAAGAGAGAGGAAAAGACUGUGAAAGGAAAGAGGCACUAGCCCUCUGCAUUCCCCCCAAAUCCUCUGACUUCUCUUCUUAUUCCCUCCUCUCUGAGCAGCACAUUAGUGCAGCUCCAUUCCACAUGAGACUGUUUUAAUAUUCCCUAUACCAGCAGAGAAAGGAAGAAGAAAGCUUGUUUAGCUAACAAAUUCACAGAACCAGCAGGACUGCAACCAUCACAAGUACCAACCUUAUUAGAGAGCGAUUCCAUUGUUAGGAGUUUUGUCUUUUUCUUUUUUUGACUUUAAAUCAUCCUGAUUGUGAACCCUAUAACACAGUGCUACCUAUCUAUUCAUCAGUUGGACUGUUUGACAGAUGGUGUGAGUAAAGUGUGGACUAAGUGGCAUUAACGAGUGACAGGGAGGAGAGACAAGCCUUAUUGCUGAUGAUGAGCAAGAAGAAAAAACAGUCAUAAUGAUUGAUUGUGAGGCUAUUUUCUUUUUCUUUUUUCUUUUUCUUUUACAAGGCUAACAUCUUAUCACUACUACUACUGUAGCUUAGAAUAUACUGUAGUAUUGGAUGAAUGUCAGUUUUUUUAUGACUGUAUUCUGUAAGAGGGACAUCAAACAGACAGUGACAUGUUUUGCUAAAAGCAAAAUGUUCAUGUAUGUUUAGAUUUUAUUUAUUUCCUGCUUUCUUUACUUUCCUUUUUAUACUCGAGGUUUACCAGAGGUUUUUCAUAUAAAAGAAAAUAUUUGUUAAUUGGGCAGUAUGUUCUAUUGAACCUUUUGCACAUACAGUACAUUUAACAUGUAGAUAUACUUAAAGGUGUCCAUUAAGUGUAUCCAUAAAACCAUCUUCACUCAGUUGCCUUAGCUUAAAGUCAGUAUUUCAUUCAAUCAGUCUGCCUAGUAUUAAGUGAAAUGCAGCACUUUAUUCCAAGUAAACCCCUUUAAACAUCACACACAUCUGCUCAUUUCAGCACUUUUCUCCCGAUGCCUCUCUUGAGAAAUAGUCCCACUUUGAUUUUGAGCUCCUCCUUUCAUCACAUGAGUAUUUAUUUUAUUUCAAACUCACUUUUCCAUCAUAAACCUUCAUGAUGUAUUUAAAUUUUGUUGUGCUGGCGACCACACAUGUCAUAUACUGUGUUGUUUGCAUAGAGCUCUUUCUUCUAAUGUAGCAAUGUUUUGUUAUACAGGUGCUCCUGUUUAAUAUGGGGGAAUUUGUGGGGGUUAAUAAAGAUGUACUGAUCUCUUUAAA